GCUGCGUACAAUGCAUCUCUUCAAACGUAGUGGCAAUGUGAGAAAAAUACGCAGCCGAGUGUGUGUUGUGAGACAAUGCAGUUUACGUUGGUGAUCGUCGUAAAUAAGGUGAAGCUAUGUCCGGUGCUCGAGGAAAGUCACAAACAGAUUGAUGAGCACCGCUCGGCUGGCGGCAGCUGGGAGGAACCAGUGAGCGCGGUGCGCAACGCGCCGCUCCGGCGCUCGCAGCGGCUCAAUUCCACCCUGGACUCCAGGAGCAGCGGUCAGCUACGCAACACCCUCAGCCGGGCCCGCGAGCUAUGCGAGCGCUGGCGAAGCGGCGGCGCCACGGCCGCGCCCCCCGCGCCGCCGCCCGAGGACGAGGGCGGGGGGCGCCUGGCGCGCUGGUUCAGCGUCAGGAGAGGGUCCACACACCAGUAUGACAUGCACACACAUGAGAGCGACAAGAUGCCCAAGCUGCCAGAGCUUGAAGAGGACCUCUUCUCAUGCGGAGGCGAGGUGCGCGGCGGGCGUGUGGCGCCACCGUCGCUCGCGCAGCCGCCGGACGCGCUGACGGCCGUGCAGCUGCGGCGGCGGCACGUUGUCGCCGCCAUCAUACACAGCGAGAACUCGUACGUCGCGACGCUGCAGCGGCUCGUCAACGACUAUAAGAAACCUCUAGAAGAGAGUAGCCCUGCAAUCCUGAACGCGUCGAAGAUCCAGACGCUAUUCCACCGACUGCCCGACAUCCUCCAGUGCCACCUGCACUUCCGUUCAGCGCUCGCGGACUGCGCGCGGACGUGGGACCGCGAUGAAAAAAUAGGCGAGGUCUUCCUAAACGCGUUUUCCAAAGCCGUGGUGCUGGACGUGUAUUCCGACUUCAUAAACAACUUUUCCGUGGCCAUGGAGCUGGCCAAGAUGGAGUCGAAGCGCAAAAGCGCCCUAGCGGACUUCUUCAAGGUGAAGCAGAUCAGCGCGCACGACCGGCUCUCGUUCUUCGGGCUAAUGGUCAAACCGGUGCAGCGGUUCCCGCAGUUCAUCAUGUUCCUACAGGAUUUAUUAAAACAUACGCCUCCAGGACACGCCGACCGCGUUGCCCUGCAGAGGGCGUUGACGAGACUAGAAGCACUAGCUGACGCUCUUAAUGAAAGAAAAAGGGAAGCGGAAAGGACCCAGGCGUUCCGCGCAGCGUUACGGCGGUUAACGCGCGGCGGCGUGACGGGUGCCGGCGGAGCGGGCGGCGCGGCGCGCUUCGGAGCCGCGCGGCUACUCGCCUCCCGCGCUGACAAGCGACAUCUACUACGGCAGGAUGAUUUGACGCAGUUGGAAUUCAACCAAUCAGGCGCCCUAUCAAAAUGCAAGCCGCGCCGCCUCCUCCUGCUGAACGAUCUCGUCGUGUGCGUGUCGGUGUGCAACAGCGGCGACGACGCGGAGCGGCUCGGGCUCAAGUGGGCGCACCCCGUGCAGGACGUGGACGUGCUGGACACAGGCACCUCGCCCACGCUCAGCCGGGUGCUGGCUCAAGGGAUGAAUAGAAGCGGCAGUCUCCGCUCCAACUCGAGCAGUACCUCGUCGGCCACGGGUGACUCUCUCUGCAACGAGAUGUCGGCGCUGAUGCACGACUACGAGACGGUGUCGCGGAUGGCCGACCUCGCCGCUUCACUCAAGACGCCGUACCACGAGCUGGCGCCGGAAAUGUUCAGAGCGCUGCUACAGAACAUACAGCAGAGUAUACAGAAAAAAGACGACGAAAUGGCGUGGGUGGAUUCAUGCUGCUUACAACUGACGAUCCGGGGCCGCGAGGAGCCGGUCACGUUCCGCGCUCAAGAGCCGGGCGCGCGCCUGGCCUGGGCCACGGAACUGCGCCUCGCACAGCUGGCGCAGGCCUCCGCCAACUCUCCCGCGUGGCGGCUGCCCGCGCCGCAGCACCCGCCUGCUCACAAGAUGCCGCUGUUUGUGGCUGCCACGCCAGUGCACUCUUCCAAGUUUCUCACAGAGGUCCGCUGCGGCUGUUUCUACACGUCGUCGUCGUCGACCCGCGGCGCGUCCAUGCGGCGGGCGCGCUCGCUGCUGUGGGUGUGCGCGGCCGGCUCCGCGCCAGACAGCCACGUGGCCGUGCUCACGCACCGCGCCGCCAAGCUCAAGACCCUAGUCACGCUCCAGCUGCUCGACACCAAGGUGACCUCAAUGGAAUAUGCCAAAGGGAUCCGUCAAGUGACCACGCUGUGCGGCGACACAGUGUGGCUCGGCACUGACGACAAGAAAAUCAUCGUCUUCUCCGGCGUCGAGCCCGAGAAACAGGAGAAGCUGGCCGAGGUCAACACCAUCGCGCCGGUCACGCAGAUCAAGUACCACUGCGACGCGAUGUUCGUGGGACUCGCGAACGGGCGAGUGUCAGUGUACAGAAGGAACCAUGACGACUCGUGGGCCCUUCAGGAACCGCUAGCUAUAGAGUUAGGCGACAAGCCUGUGCACUGCGUACUGCCGGUCGACGGGAUCAUUUACGCUUCGUGCGGAAGAAGAGUCUUCGCUAUAAACGCGCUGACAGCUGAAAUAUUACGCAUAUUAGAACUUAAAGGUGACAGCGACCGAUCUGUAAGGUACUUAGCGCAUUCUGGCGUCGGACUUUGGGCCGCAUGCACGGAUUCCACGUACGUGAGUCUUUACCACGCUGAAACGUUCGAGCACCUGCAGAAUAUUGAUAUCGCUGCCGAUGUAGCGAAGACGAUCGGAGCCAGGGAGGGAAGCAAACCCGCCUACGUCUCCGCUUUGCUCGCUGUGCAAGGGCUUCUUUGGGUCGGUACGACCGCCGGCGUCAGCGUCACCGUGCCUCUGCCGAAACUCGAAGGGUUGCCACUUAUCGGCGGACACAUCGGGGUGUCAUACCACGCACACGCCGGACCCGUCAGCUUCCUGCUUCCGCUGCUACCGGAGACGAAGGAAGUGGACGUGAAUAUCGUCCGGCGGAAUCUGUCCAACGCCCGCGCCUACCAGGCCACCCUCGCCGACAACAGCGUCCUCCACGAAUACAAAGAAACGUCCAAGGAGGACGGCGAGAAACCCAAGCUGGAGCGGCGAAUAUCGGAGGAGCUGAGCCCGUACCGUCCCCAACGCGUGCAGUCGGCCGUCGUGCGCCGCAAGAAACCCGGGGACGUGCGCCUCAGCAAAACCCUUCCCAAAUGUGCCAACCUGAACGCCUGCGACGUGUACGGGCUGUACGGCGAUCUCAUGUUCGUGAAAGACUGCGCGGGGGAGGGAGAUAGCGGGUCCGGGGGCGAGGCGCUCCGGCGGAGCGACCCCGAGCUGGCCGCCAUCCCGUUCCGCGUCAGCACCCUAGACAGGCGGCUCCGGAUGCGAGCCGGCCGGCCGAGGAGUCUCGACCUGUCGAGCUGGUCGGUCGACUCCCGGGCGUCGAGUCUCUGCACGUCGUCUGGCAGCGAGGAGUCGAUGGCGCUGCGCGGUGUUUCGCGGACGAGCUCGGGCGCGUCCGGGGCGGCCGGGGCCGCGUCGUCGCCCGACUCGAGCGCCUCCGAGCGGUCCGCGCCCAAGACGGCGGGGCGGAGCCUGCGCGGGGCCGACUACGUAGUAGGCUCGGGUUCGGCGCGGCGCUCCGUGGUGACCGUGGUAGGCGGGCGCGGCUACGUGGACUGGCGGCAGACGGCCGACGCGGCCGAGCGCCCGACGCCCGCCGCCGAACCCAACCCCAAGGACGCCCACCUCAUCCUGUUUGAGAUGCGCUUGUGACGAGACCCUCCGUCUCGCUCUAUUGACUCGCGUCGAUU